AUGCAAGCAGCGAGAGUACCAGGGUCCGAUCUCGGUUACCUGAUUCACGUGCCGCCACUCCCGACGCCAAGCGGGCAGCAAAGUGGGUUGCCGCUUGUCAUCUUCUUUCACGGUGGAGGGUCCAGCGCAGAUGACAUCAAAGACAAUCCUUGGCUCUUAGCUGAAGACCGCACCUCUCCUCCUGGGUUGAUUCAGGCUGCAUCGGCAAGAACAUCAACCACGGCAACAUUCGGUAGCGGCACUAGGAGGAAAGAGCAGACAUCAUCGUGGUUUUUAGCUGCGGAGGCGGUCGUUGUUUCACCUCAAUGUCGGCAUGGACACCAAGAAGACGAUAUCGGCUGGUGGGGUUUCUCUUACCCGGACGCAAUCGCAAACACAUUCGGGCUCUUAGACCACGUACUCAAAAGCCAUCAAGUAAUUGACCCUCACCGCGUAUUCUUAACGGGGCUGAGUAUGGGAGGUUCUGCAGUAUGGGACACGGCGGCAGCAGCCUUAUCAGGCUUUCAAGUCUUUGCAGACGACAGCGAGGAAUCAAAUUGCAGGAGCGGAAGGCAACGGGGUCAAGCGCAAGCGGAUUCGGAUGGUGAAGACGCAAAAUGUGAUACUACGAAGAUGAUGAGUUCGGCGGCAGACGAAAUACUUGGCAAAAACGUAACACAUCAUCCCUAUGCUAGUGGGAACACGUCAUCGUUUGUCUUUGCAGGUCUAAUUCCCAUUUGUGGAAAGCCGGGCCGAGGACAGAAGACUGAUAGUGCGAAGAAUAGGGACGCGCAAAGAAAAGCAGAAAUAUUGAUUCGUGGAACUAGUGCCGGCGGACCGAUACCACAGUGGUUUUUUGUAGCAGAAGAAGACGACUUCGACGCUGACAAGUACAACGACGCUUGGCUACAAAUAGUACAAGAUAAAAUCAAGGGCAACGGCAAUGCUGCCAGUUCAAGUUGUUCAUCAACCACGUUACAAUCCAGAUCUACCAAUAAAGCAAGUGAGAAAGAUGAUAUCAAGACAAUGAAGCCGUAUUCGACCACUAGACGUGAUGCAACAUCUCCACAAAUAGACGACGCUACCCCAGAAACACGUGGUGUUCCGCAAGAUGUCUUGGAGACAACCUGGUACAAUUCCAACAGGGCAACAGCUGAUGGAAAAGCUCUCCCACUUAUCCGGUACACGAGGUACCAUCGAAAACAUGGAUACAGGCAUGGCAGCUGGGUUCCAGCAUAUCAAGACACACGUCUACUAGAUUUCAUACUUGGCCAUCGAGCGCCACCAGGUUCAAACGCAAAUUGGACAACGGCAUUGAUGUACGAAAACGCAACGAAAAGACCAACAAAAAAAGUAUCGUUUCUGUUGCGAUGA